UCCCCAGUCGGGAGUUCAGCACUGUGCCACCACACCGCCGCUUGGCAGGUCAGCCUUUCACGGCCGCCAGCGGGCUCUCUCCUCAAGGGAGCUCCACGGCCGAUGCCCGCCGUCGCUUGCAUCCAAGGAUUACCAGCAACUGAGGGAGAGAGCAGGGAGAGGGGAGAUGGAAGGUCUGACGGGCAGCGAGAUCGCCGGCUUCGUCGUGGGUGCCCUGCUGCUCGGCGCCACCAUCGCUGCGCCCAAGGUCGACGGAUUCAUUGCCUCCUCCCAAAGAAGGUCACUAGGUAUGUGUAAGAGGUGUGGUGAUCUUCGGAUAGUAGCAUGCUCACAAUGCAAAGGCAUUGGCUCAGUUCGGAAAGGAGGAAUGCUUAAUCUGGGCGUGCUAGAUGAUCUUUACGAGUCACUCGGAGCUGAAGCCAAGACAGAUAAUUUGAUUCCUUGCACAAAGUGCAGAUCCAGAGGCCGUCUCUUGUGUCCGGAGUGCUCGAAGAUCGCAUGACCAUUCAAUAAUAUAAGUGGUGCAAGGAAAAAUAAGGUUAUCAGUAUGCUCAUAAUUUUGCCGCUUUAAUGUGUCAACGAACUGGUGAUACUACAGUUAAAUGCAGUCUGAUUUUUCUUCUUCA